GCCAUUUUGGAAGGGGAUAAAGAUAAGCAAGUAGCCUUUUUGGUGAAUUCUGAUAUUUUGUGCUAUUAGUUGGCUUGUUUCGUUCCAAAACGUUUUAUUCUGUUUGAUAAUCUGUUGUAAACAGCCAGUCCUUCGGUUUCCAAUGAAAACACUACCAUCCUUUCAAAAACGAUAUGCAAAUAAUCACAAUUUCACUGAAAUUACAAUUUAUUUGUUAUCUUGACCGGAUCAUAUUUUGAAAGGCUGGUGUGAAAACUGAUUUUAUUUUGAAUUACACGUGUAUAGAAACGAAAGAUUACAGGAUACUUUGAUUUAGAACACUUGACCGCCAUCGUCUUCAGUUGAACGAAACAAUAAAUGUAGGAUAUGUAACAUUAAAGCCAUUUUGUGUGAAAUGCAGGAAACCCUGUUGUAUAUCUGCAGCUGAAUAAGAGCAAAGUGAAUUUGGCUAACGUUAAUGCCAUCUUAUGUCAAAUAUAGAAGGGUAAAAGAUUGCAGUGACCUCCUCUAAUGCUUUCAAUCCACUUAAAACAUGUUCAAAUGAGACCAAAACUCUAGCAAAAUAAAUAUAUUUAGAUAUAAGUUGUGAGCAGCUGUGAAAUAAGUGGCAUACUAUAUAGUAUGAAUGUAAGCAUGUAUUAAUGGAGAAAGCAAUAACUAAUUAAUGCAAAUUAAUUGUAAGUUUCACCAUUUGAUACCAUACCUGUACCGUGGUGCUUCACUUUGCAGCACUUUUAGUACAUGAUUUUUAACAUUUAUCCACAUCUCAGAGAUUUGAUGUUGUUGGUAUGCAUGAGAGAUUCACAUGUUCACCAUUACGGUUUGCAGCUCCAGUUAUUUCAUUAGAUGUUUCCCAGACAAUCAGCGCAGUGUCUGUCCUGCUGCUACGGACACGUGAACAUGAGCUCACGGUCACAUCUGAUAGAUUAGACUACCAAGGUGUAAGAGAGCUUUCCAUGCAUACAUUUCUCUGGUGACUGCAGCAUCUUCACAGCAGUGGAUGCAUUCCUGCAAAGGAGGAGCGGUUAUUGGUGACAGACAUGGGUGCCAGUUGGACACAGAGCUGGAAGGAGGAGUUCAAAGUUCACAAACUCCACCUUCUCACCUCUAAACCAGAGCUUCUGCUUCAGCCACGGUGGAAUAUUCCUCCGUUGUUGUGGCUUCUGUACAGAUGUUUUAUGCUGGUCUACACUUUCAGCUGGUUUAUCUACACAGCUCUUCUCUUCAACACACCUAAAUUCCUAAUUUUUCUCAGCCAUAUCUCAUACUGCCUCAUGGUUAUCUACUAUCUGGUUUCUCUUUGUAAUCUGGCCUGGGCUUUCUUGGAAAUCAGAUGCGGCUCUUACAGAAUUAAAAGAGGUGUCAGUGGUGAAUGUGAGAGCCUCCUUUCUCUCCCCGUCUCUCUCCCCGCUGCUCUCUGUCUUCAGUGGUUCCUGCAUUCUGUGAUGGGCUGUUGUUCACUGACCGUCUCCUUUCUGUACUGGACCAUAAUUCACCCCUCUGACCAGCACUCCUUCACCGCCUUCAACAUCAACAUCCACGUUAUCAACAGCAUCCAGACCACCGUGGAUCUGUUGUUGUCCUCCACACCCGUUCAUCUCACCCACUUCUUCUACCCAGUGCUGGCCGGAGCCCUUUAUGUCGUAUUUGCUGUUGGUUAUUGGCUAACGGGUGGCACAAACAUGUUCGGUCAACCCUACAUCUACAGCAUUCUUGAUUUCAGUGGGCACCCCCUAGCGGCAACACUUUGCAUUCUGGGAGUUUGUCUGCUUUGUUUGCCAUCCUGCCACUUUGUGCUGUGGAACCUGCUCUUACUGAGGGAGUGGAUGGUGAGCAGGGAGGAGUCGAGGAGAGUUGCUUUAAAGAGUGAGGUUUGGUGGUGGGUGAAGGUGUCGGAGGAAUGACCUUUGACCUUGUGCCUUCAAUGGAUCCAGCAGGAGCAGCAGCAGGAGGACAGCCAUGAUGGAGGUCAAUCACUCACUCUUGUUUGAAGGACUUCCUGGUCUGUCUGAAGAGGCUUCUGGUGCUAGUAAUAUUUUACAAAUUUCUUACAAAGCUUAAUCAUAAUUUUCUAAAUGUUGUUGGUUUGAAAUACCCUAAAACAGUUUUAAGGAAACUGCUAAGGCACUUUUUUACCUUUUAAAUACUAAUAUGUAGACUUAAGGUUAAAAUAUCUGUAUUUUAUACUGAUGUUGUUUUCAGAAUAUGGCAGCAACAUUUUCAGGUAUUGAACUUUACGUACAUUUAUGUAAAACCAACAUAUUUCAUGAACUGUUACAGUAUUAAUAUACAAAACUACUGCCGUACUACAAUCUUUUUUGGCAUUUUGUACUUUUAUAAUACACUGACAUCCUUCAUAACUAGCUUUUCCCCAAGCUGAGGUGAAUAUUAAGAUAAUAUAGACAGUGCACACAGAUACAAAGCACACUAAACAGUAAAAUGAUGCAACAGACAUUCAAAACAACAAAAGCUGAAACUUAAAACACUAAUGUACAUGUAGAAAAGAGAAAAAAAACUGUUAAUUCAAUAAAUGAUGUUGAAUUUUGGGAACAUCAGUUUAUGUUAUAUAUAACUCAUGCAAUUUUAUUUUACAAUUACAUCUAUCUAAAACUAUCACUUUAGAAUUACAACUUCUUUUUACUUUAUAAAAGGGAAUUUAAAUUAAAUAAAAAAUGUUAUACUAGAAUUUCACAGACUUUCUUUCUUUUUAUGGCAAUGGCUUGUUUGUGUUAUUGUAUAAACUAGGACAUGUACAUUGCACACAGUUUAUGUAUAUUUGUUUAGUCUAAAAAAUACGUAGGCUAGUUUUUAAUAAUUGCACAACAAUCUAAUGUAGCAACCUAGGAUUGGUAGAGGGUAUAUCUGGAGAUAUUUUCUCAGGCCUAGAUCAGAAAAGAUCAGUGAUGACACUGGAAAAUAUGUCAAUGAACGGUUUCAUUCAUUAAAUGAGUUAAAAGAGUAGCCCUUAAGUUGAUGCAGUAAAAAUUUCAAGCACUAGAGGUCUGCAGUGCACUGUAAAAUAAAAUUGCAGAUAAAAAUAAAAUUCCACAUUGUUUCA